AUGACAAAGCGAUCCUUGACUUUGUUUCAAGAGGAAGCUGGUAGCAGAAGCACUGAAGACAAGGUCGUGGAUCGAUGGUCAGUCGGUGGCCAAUUAGUCACGACUGGACCUCGUUCGGACCUCUUGCGCAAUCGGCCACCCCUCGUCGACCCCCCUCGUUGUGGAAUUUGCAUACUGCCGUGGCAGAUUAGCCACCCAACGCUUGUCCGUCAAAAUGUCGGGAUUCCAAGGGACAGCUCGUCGCCAGAAGGCACGCCUGGCCCACCACAUGACAGUGGAACGCUAUCCUUCACGGCUAUUCGUAUGCAAACUCGUCGCCAGAAGGCACGUCGCCCACCACAUGACAGUGGAACGCUAUUCUUCACGGCGAUUCGUAUGCAAAGUAAUUGGACUGGAUUCGUUUCACAAACACGUGUUCUUCAUUUGUGGAAUCAGUGCGGCAGCCGUGCAGCUGCAGCUGUUUUGAGGAAGUUCGCAAAUGGCCACUGGAGGACGAACGGUUUGCUAGAAGAAACUGAAGAUGAUCGCUGA